AGGUGGUCUCCCGACCUUACAUCUGAUACCAGGGCUGAGCAGCUGUACAUGCAGACGGUGUGGCCCACCGUCCUGAAAUUACUCUCCAAACCCCCCCAGGAAGGGAAGAUAGUGGGUAGUCUCCAAUGUUAGUCUAUAACGAGGAGCUCGGCAUGUCCUGGAGGGAGGGUUUCGUUCAAAGUUAUAAUAUUCUUCAUCUGAAUGAAACGCGUACACAAGAGAUAAUCACAGUCGUCAUUAUGCACGUCCAUGCUAAUACAGGGUAUGUGUAUUCCUACGCAAAGCAGUUACUGUAUCCUUGAUAAACCUAAUAUUGGACUAGGGGCAAAUCGCCGGUCCGCUAGGCUGAGGAGCGCGUAGGACUGCCAGUGCCGGCAGCUCCUCCCUUUGCUAUAGUGCAAAAACAACAUGGCAGCUUCUAUGGACCGUGCGCUGCACUGAAGCCGCGGUAGCAGCAGGUGAUGCCUCUCAUCGCUACCUUUCGCUUUUGCUAAAUCGAAUGUCAGCAAUUACAGCGACGAGGAUGCCAGGUGAGUAGUAUGCAGUUAAGGUCUUGCAUGAUACCAAUUUCCCCUUUCACAGGCUAAUUCAAUUGAGUAAUCGUACCUCACAGAUCCGACAGCCUGCGACUUUUUGCGAUCUCGCAGGAAUGCAGAGCCUGGAGACACGCCCUUCGUUUUCAUGUGGUCUUUAAGAGAGGGAAACCGGAUAUUCUGGAGAUGUCAGUAAACCCAUUAACCUGCCACAGUGCCGUCAGCAGACGUUGAGCCAUGGGAAACGUAGAGAGUCAGAAUGGGGACCACGCCUUCUUUGGCGAUGAGCAUGGCCACCUCUCCCGCAAGCACAUGUCCAGGUCCCUCCGCAUCUCCGGCAAGCAGUCACGCCGGCUUCGGCACGCCUCCACGGGCAAGACGGAGCACCGCAACUCGGAGACCAGCACCAGGUCCAGCAGCACCCCCAGCAUCCCCCAGUCGCUGGCUGACAACGGCCUGGACCUCUACAACGACAGUGACGUCCUGGGAGAUUUCGGAAGCCCCAUCUGGGUGGACCGCGUGGCAAUGAACCUGCGGCCCGUCUCAUUUCACCACCACCCAGCGGAAACGUCUGCGAAUGCCAACAAGGCACUGGUGGUGACCCCAGACCUGGAGGUACCGCUACCCAGGGAGGAGACCUACCUGCAGAGGGUGAAAGACGGGCCGCGGGAAGCUGGCGGAGACGCCAAUGGAGGCUUUAAGCAGAAGAGGUCCAAGUCGGCCGACAUGUGGCGUGAGGACAGCCUGGAGUUUUCGCUGUCUGACCUCAGCCAAGAGAACCUCACCAGCACAGAGGAGAUCAUCGACACCGCCGACGAGAAGGACUUUGGCGAUGUGGACGAGCCGCCGCCACCCAGCCCCACGCCCACUGGAGAGCCGCUGUCUACUCCCGACCGUGCCGCUUCCCUGGACCGACUCUGCAGCCCAAAGGUCCCUUCCCUGCGAGGCCCCCGGCACCGCCUUCCCAAGUACUCCCGGGACGGCAACAGGGCGACCGCUGAGGGCGACAACAAAUUGUUGUCUCCUGCUGACGACGAUGGCAGUGCCUACAGUGCGUACACACUGCCCUGCCGCCGCUCGCACUGUCUGUCAGAGAGCCAGCAGGGGGUGCUGUGCACCACCAUGCAGGUCCGGCGGGCUCAGACCACUAACGAUGUCACAGCAGGAGAGGGCAGCGAAUUCGGCGACAGCGGCAUCGACGGAGUGGCGGCGGAGGCCGAGCCGCAGCCGCGGCGCUGCAAGGCCAUGUCUGCAUCCUAUUCCAUGUACUCGACGGUGGGCAGCAGCAUGUUCGCCGGUAGCGAUAGCGGGAGCAGCAGCGGUGGCGGCGGUGGACCGGGCCCCAGUGACAGUAUCCAGGGCGUGUACGAGAACUUCCGCCAGGAGCUGGAGAUGAGUUCGUACCGGACGGCGGAGUGCCCAGAGGAGGCCGGUUCGGCGGUCAGCGACGAGCAGAGCAGCGGCACCCUGAGUUCCGCCUACCAGUCCGACGCCCUGCUCACCACCGUCCAGGGCACCGUGCGCAAGGCUGGUGCCCUCGCCGUCAAGAACUUCCUGGUGCAUAAGAAGAAUAAGAAGGUAGAACCGGCGGCCCGGCGCAAGUGGAAACGCUAUUGGGUCUCCCUCAAAGCUUGUACUUUGUUCUUCUACGAGACGGAUGGACGUUCUGGGAUCGACCACAACAGCGUUCCUAAGCACGCCGUCUGGGUGGAGAACAGCAUCGUCCAGGCUGUGCCCGAGCAUCCCAAGAAGGACUUUGUGUUCUGCCUCAGUAACUCCCUGGGGGACGCCUUCCUCUUCCAGACGUCCAGCCAGACCGAGCUGGAGAACUGGAUCACGGCGAUUCACUCGGCCUGCGCUGCGGCGGUGGCCCGACAGCACCACCGCGAGGACACCGUGCGCCUGCUGCGCUCGGAGAUCAAGAAGCUGGAGCAGAAGAUCGACAUGGACGAGAAGAUGAAGAAGAUGGGUGACAUGCAGCUGUCCACCGUCACCGACAGCAAGAAGCGGAAGACCAUACUGGAACAGAUCUUUCUGUGGGAGCAGAACCUGGAGCAGUUCCACGUGGAUCUGUUCCGGUUCCGCUGUUACCUGGCCAGCCUGCAGGGCGGCGAGCUGCCCAAUCCCAAGCGCCUGCUCGCCUUCGCCUCCCGCCCCACCAAGCUGGUCAUGGGCCGUCUGGGGAUCUUCUCCGUCUCGUCCUUCCACGCUCUGGUGGCGGCACGCACGGAGAGCGGGGUGCGGAGGAGAACCCAGGCAUUAUCGCGCUCGUCCAGCAAACGGAAGAGCAGGUUUUCUUCCCUCUGGGGGCUGGACACUACCUCUAAGAAGAAGACGAAGGGGCGACCCAGUCUCAAUCAGGUGUUCGUUGAUGGUAUGGAGCCCGACAAGAAGCCUUUGGACCGCAUGUUCAACUCAUCCCGGGACAGUGUGAAGGAAAAAGGCUCUGUGAAAAACAUCCCCCAGCACAACGCGGACGCUGACAUUUGGGUUUCUGACUACCUCAAGCCUUCUUGGGUUUGCUUGCCCACCGACCAACCGGUGCUGGCCAUCAUCCAACCUGAGGAGACCGCUCUCGACGCCCUGGAGACCAUCUGCAAGGCCCACCAACUGGACCCUGCCAAACAUUACUUACGCCUGAAGUUUUUGAUCGAGAACCAAGUGCAAUUCUACAUUCCCAAGCCUGAUGAGGAUGUCUCUGACUUGCUCUACCAAGAGAUUGAAGUUUGCUCCAGAAGCACCAGGCUCAUCCAGUUUGAGCGGGACAAGUCAUGCCCCAUCGGUUACGGUUUCUCUGCAACCCUUUUGGAAGAGGAAGGUGUGCAGCAGCUGCGAAUCACCGACGUGAAGGCGGGAGGCCUGGCGUUCGCUCGAGGUCUGAGGGCUGGGGACGAGAUCCUGCAGCUGAACGGGGAAGAUGCCAGUGCACUGGAUCUCUCGAACCUGCGGGCCGCAUUCGUCCAGCCCUCCCUCUGCCUGACCGUGAGCACGCUGCCCGCGGUGGACCGGCACCUGCUGUGUCACCUGCCUCCGCGCCGCUCGGACGGAGAGGAGCUCCUCACUGACAUCUUCUCCCAGAGCCAAGAGGACAUUUUGGAUGACGGAGUGGCGCUGGGCCCAGGAGACUGUCUGGAAGGCGAGGCCGAGUUCUUUGGCGACCUGGAGGAGGGCCGGAAGAGCACGGAUCAGGUCACUGCCUUCUGCCGCAGCCUCCAUGACAUGAAUCUGUCGGAGUUCGCCCCCGCCGGCACCCCCGACUCGGCCCCUCUGCCGCCGGCCGCCACGCCGCGCCAGCUCUCCGAUGCCGACAAGCUCCGCAAGGUCGUCUGCGAGCUGGUGGAGACAGAGAGGACCUACGUCAAAGACCUGAACUGCCUUAUCGAGAGGUACCUGACUCCCCUGCAGAAGGAGAGUUUCCUCACACAGGAUGAGCUGGACGUGCUGUUUGGAAACUUGCCUGAGAUGGUCGAAUUCCAGCUGGAGUUUCUCAAGACUCUGGAGGAUGGGACCAGGCUGGUUCCGGAUCUCGAGAAGCUUGAGAGCGUGGACCAGUUUAAGAAGGUGCUUUUCUCCCUGGGUGGCUCCUUCUUGUACUAUGCCGACCGCUUCAAGAUCUACAGCGCGUUCUGUGCCAGCCACACCAAGGUCCCCAAGGUUCUCGCUAAAGCCAAAACAGACCCCGAUUUUAAGGCCUUUCUGGAUGAACGGAACCCCAAACAGCAACACUCGUCCACCCUGGAAUCAUACCUGAUUAAGCCCAUCCAGCGGGUCCUCAAAUACCCACUGCUGCUGAGGGAGCUGUACUCCCUGACUGACCCCGACAGUGAGGAGCACUACCACCUGGACGUGGCCAUGAAGGCCAUGAACAAGGUGGCCAGCCACAUCAACGAGAUGCAGAAGAUCCACGAGGAGUACGGGGCGGUGUUCGACCAGCUCAUCGCCGAGCAGACUGGCAACAAGAAAGAGGUUGCCGACCUCUCGAUGGGAGAUCUCUUGCUUCACACCUCCGUGACCUGGAUCAACCCCCCCUCCUCGCUGGGGAAGUGGAAAAAGGAGCCAGAGCUGGCUGCCUUCGUCUUCAAAACAGCGGUUGUCUUUGUGUACAAGGACUGCUCCAAGCAAAAGAAGAAAAUAGGUUCAUCACACCGCACCUCCAUAGCUGAAGACAAGGAUCCCUUCCGCUUCCGUCACAUGAUUUCCACUGAUACCCUUCAGGUUCGCGCUCUAGGAAGCACAGAUUCGGAGGUGUCGUCCAUGUGCGAGAUCGUCCAUGUCAAGUCAGAGUCGGAGGGGAGGCCGGAGAGGACAUUCCAUCUGUGCUGCAGGUCCCCAGAGAGCAAGAAGGACUUCCUGAAAACGGUGCAUUCCAUCCUCAGGGACAAGCAGCGCAGGCAGCUCCUCAAGACGGAGAGUCUGCCGCCAAACCAGCAGUAUGUGCCCUUCGGGGGGAAGCGCCUGUGUGCACUGAAAGGCUCGCGGCCCUCUAUUAACAGGGCAGUUUCAGUUCCGUCUCGCACCCUUGGCCGACGCAAGCUAGUGCGCAACCGCUUCACCAUCGACACGGACAUCGUGUUCGACGGCGUCCCAGCUGAGGACCCCUGUGCGACGUCUCGGUCGUGCCCCUCCCCUGCUCAGCAGCCGGCCGGCACCGCUGCCACCGGCGACACCGACCGCUGGGUCGAGGAGCAGUUCAACUUGGAGAGCUACGAGGGCCGGGAGGAGGAGGUGAAGGAGACGGACAUUCUGAGCGACGACGACGAGUACUGCUCCUCGGUCAGGACAUUGGGGCCCAAGCCUGGUCCCGAGGGCCCCCUCAAGACCCUCUCACUCGAUGGGGGGGAACCGCAGGACACGGGAAGCUGCAGAGCUCAGAGGCUGGCACACCUCAAAAAGCACUGUGCCAUAGAGGAGGCGGGCAGCCCGGAGGUGGUAUGGGUACGCAGGGAGGACUCGGGUGUGGGGGCCAACACUGACAUUUUCUGAGGCAAGGCAAGGGGGGCGGACUCGACAAAAAUCCUCAUCUGGGAGAUGGCGUCGGCGAUGACCCAGACCGAAUCUGCGUCGUGUGUCACUCUGGCUACUUAUGAAAUUCCUAGAAGACAAUUUCCUCUUACUACAGGAGAAUAUUCCGGAGCCUAACGGCAAGAACGCUUGGCGGAGUGAGAUCUCGGAAUCGGAGCAAUAGUGAACUGGGGCCUCGUCAGAGCAAGGCCUUGCGUAGGAGGCGGGGAGACCUCCGGACAAUCACCAUGGUGAAUCGAGUUUCAAAUGGGCGGGAUUUGCACAUGGACUUGGGCAGCUACACUUGUCUGACUGCGAUACGUUGCCAAAAUCUUUAUUUUUAGAACUUCAGAAUAUGGGUGUUUUUUUUUUGUUUUUUUUUUGGGUUUUCUUCCGGAUGGAAAGAUGUUAACUCAAGGGCUGUGUUAUUUAUUUCCUUCAGGGGCUCUUGGAAAGGCAGUUGUCACAAUCACCCCAAUGCCCCCCCCCCCCAAUUUUUACCCAGUUCCUAAGCUUCAUGCUCCCGAAAUGUUGAAGCACAAAACUAAACCAGUCUAUUUUGUGUAUUUCUUUGCCAUGAUGAAAAGGUGCGUAACAUCAAGUCUUAUGUUGUCUUCUGUUUACACAGCACCAAAUUCGCAGUAUUAUCCCUUCACAGAAAGAAGGCAUUUUCAUAUAAAAAAUAUUUCCAAUCCUGUUUUACUUGAAUUUUUAGUUUAUAAGAAAGUGAAGAGGGAAACAAAAGUACAAUGCAGAGAAUCAGAGUGCAGGUCGUACGCGCUUUAGAUUUUAUUCUGCGCUUUCAGGACUAUGAUGACCACUUGACCGGCCAACACGCUUUAUCAACGUUAAACAGAAACAGGCGUAAGAACCUUUUGAUCAUUAUUUAUGUCAGAUAUCACGCAAAAGCAAACACACUUGCGUUUUGGCAGUAGUGAUAGGACUGUCACUCUUAGCCUUGACUUCCAAGAGGGGGGAACACCAUGCUUUCCUUAUGGUCUGUUUUUAAAUUAUGGUUUUAUCAACUGAAUUGUAGGCUUUACCCACAACAAACCUAAAUAUAUAGCUAUAUAUUUUUAUUAGAAAUAAAGAAUCCCUAGUGUGAAGUGCAAUCAGGCCUUCCUUGUGAAAUGUGUUUUAUCAAUGGGAAGACGCAGGGAGACGGUUUAGGAUUUAUUGCCGCCCUAUCAAGUUUUUAGAGCUGUGUACAUACAAAGGACUGUGCAUUAAUAUUCUAUUAAAAUAAAUUUGUUUCUUAAUGUA